AUGUUGUUCCUCAUCAUAUCGUCUCUUGUCACAUGGGUACAUGGUCAGAGUUUCGACGUUCCCUCGAAUUGGCGGAAGCCCAGCUCCGAUCGCCCGCUCUCCGAACGGCGUUCCAUCGCUCAAACGACCUUAGAGUCUUUAAUCUCGGUUAUAGAUCUGGAGGAUGGAACUAGUGAAGGCAUGAACCACGACCAGUGGGCAUCCGCGAAUGUUCCUGCAAGCAUAGCACAGCACGACUUUAUCUCUGCUUCUCAGGAUAACCAUGUAGUCGUCUCGAAUACCAUCGCCGCCAGCCGCAAUGCGAACCCGGCCUAUUUUGAUAGCACUAUAACCCUUGAAGACUUCACCAGCGACGCAUUAAUGUGGGGAUUGGCGGCCUUAUACGGAGCACGCGCAUACAAUGACACGGGCCUUUCAGAGGCGGCUGAAGGCGUGUGGAACGUGGCAACUCAAUUUGCUGUCUCGGCUGAGGACGGGGAUCGCGGUUAUCAGCAUUCAAGAAAUGUGAGCUUUACUGUUGAUUGCGUCCCUAAUGUGACGUCUGCUGGUGCUGUAUUCUGGCGAGCGCAGACGCCGAGCGACUUAGGGUGUAAUGGAGAAACUGUAGGCGCAUAUGUGGCGUUGUCUGCACAUCUGUGGGAACGCACAGGCAACUUGACGUAUCUCAAGGCCGCACGACAGUCUGCUAGCUUCGUCAGCAGUCACAUGUACAUCCCAUUAUACCAGAUCAUAACGGAUACAUACGAAUUAUUGAAGUGCGACGACAAUGGACGUCAGUUCACGUAUAAUCAAGGUCUUUUCCUCGAAGGUCUUUCGAUUUUGAGCUCCGCGCCAGUUCCCGACAAAGCCACUUGGUCAAAUCUUACAGCCACGCUCGUAGCCUCUACAUUGCAGUUUCCUGCAUGGACGUCAUCCGAUGACAGCAUUGCGGGAGUCCUCAUCGAGAGCAUUGAGACGGUAGGCGCGGUCGCAAACCCUGCACAAUUCGCAGAGUCUUUCGUAUGGAGGAAUGCGUUCAUUCGCGCCCUAUACGAGGUCUGGAGGCGUUCCAAUUCGUCUAGUCCCAUGGCAAACUUCAUCGAGGCUUUUAUGAUGGUGCAGUACAAUGCACUGUUGGAUCUAGCAUCCGAUAAUGGAAGUUUCUACUCGCCACUCUGGGAGGGUCCACAGCUCAUCGAGAAGGUCUCUUGGGGCCAACUGUCGGCGAUGGACGUACUCAGCGCAUCCAUUGGUAUGACUUCCGCGAAUAGCUCGACAACGGGCCCCGCCACGACAAUCCCACCGGGGUAUACCUCAAGUCCCUCAACGGCGACGAGAUCGCCUCCAAUCUCUGACGGUACAAUCGCUGGAAUUGUCGUUGGGGUUGUCGCUGGUCUCCUCGUGACCGUUGCCGGAAUCUUCAUUAUCGUCAGGUCCAACCGGCGUCGAGCACUUCGUUCGGUAGACGGGACGACUCCCGGUACCCUUGAGGACAUCGAGCCAUUUCCUCCGGGCUACAAUACGAUCGUUCAACCACAUAUGGAACAGGCGGCUUGGGCCAGUGGGCACACGAAAGAUAGGCGCGGUUACGGGCACGGUCCUCUCCUGUAUCUCGAUAGCUCCGGGCCAACAGUCCCGGACAGCAUAGAACCUCCUUCGACAUCUAGAGAGGGGCCUGCAUUGGAGUCGGCCUUAAGCCGCGCGAUACAGCAAGUCGUGGAUAGGAUGCAGGUAUCUGGAGCUCCUCCUUCGUAUGCUGGGCGGUAG